AUGGUUAAAGUAUCACGAAAUAUCCUAAUUAAGUCUACCUCUCCAUAUUCCAAGAGAAGGAUUGAUGAACCGCUGGAAAAAUACCUAGGUAGACUUACCCAUUUAUAUAUGAAUAACAAAGACAUCGAUGACGUGGGAGAGGCCCUCAGAUCAUGCACUAGCCUACGGGUUUUGUACCUCUAUGAAAACCACCUUACAAAAAUCCCAGAUAUGUCAAUGAGUCCUAAUUUAACCCAUUUGUAUCUUCAACAGAACGACAUCACGAGAAUCCAUAACCUCGACGCGUUGUUCAACCUGGAGAAAUUGUAUUUGGAUCUGUCUGCCUCCGGUGUUAACAACCUACAGGGUUUGGAAUGUUUACAGUAUCUGGAGCGCCUAGACGUCGGAUUCAAUCAACUAUCAGAGGAAAGCGAAGUGCUAACCUUUCUUUCUAAAAUGUCACGGCUUAGCGAACUAAAUAUAAGCGAAAACCCUAUUAUGAAAAACACGAAAAUUAACGAUAAGAUCAUCGUUGCUACCAAAGCUUUGGGUACGUGA